AUGGCAACAACCAAUUCUCACUCAACUACCGGCAACAGCAAUGGCAGUAAUGUCGUAGGUGUUCAUUAUAAGGUUGGUCGUAAACUAGGCGAGGGAAGUUUCGGUAUUAUAUAUGAAGGCACCAAUUUAUUGAAUAACCAGCAAGUGGCUAUAAAAUUCGAACCUCGCAAAUCAGAUGCACCUCAAUUAAGAGAUGAAUAUAGAACUUACAAAAUUCUAUCAGGAACCCCUGGUAUACCAAAUGCUUAUUACUUUGGUCAGGAAGGCUUACAUAAUAUUUUAGUCAUUGAUCUCUUGGGACCCAGUUUAGAGGACCUCUUUGAUACUUGCUCAAGAAAAUUCAGUAUUAAAACAGUCGCCACAUUGGCAAGGAAUAUGAUUACUAGAGUCCAAAGCGUGCAUGAACAUAACCUCAUUUACCGUGAUAUAAAACCCGAUAAUUUCUUAAUUGGAAAACAGACUACUUCGGAAGCCAAUACUGUGUAUAUGAUCGAUUUUGGCAUGGCGAAACAAUACAGAGACCCCAAGACAAAGCAGCAUAUUCCUUACCGUGAGCGAAAAAGUUUGUCAGGCACGGCGAGAUACAUGAGUAUCAAUACACAUCUAGGCAGAGAACAAUCAAGACGGGACGAUUUAGAAUCUUUAGGCCACGUAUUCAUGUAUUUUCUAAGAGGGUCUUUACCAUGGCAAGGGCUCAAAGCAGCAACAAAUAAGCAGAAGUAUGAAAAGAUUGGUGAAAAAAAGCAGACCACAUCUAUAAAAGAUCUAUGUGCAGGAUUUCCAGAGGAGUUUGGUAUCUACCUUCAAUAUGUUAGAAAGCUAGGGUUCGAAGAGACACCAGACUAUGACUUUUUACGAGAUCUGUUUACAAAAGUCUUGAAAAACCAUGGUGAACGCGACGACGGGGUUUAUGAUUGGAUGCUACUGAAUAAUGGAAAGGGACUAAUAGCAGAUAAAACACGACGUUCUAUAGGUCACCAUCAGUCACAAAAACAACAAACAGCGAGAGCUACGCGUAAUCCUACCACAGCAGCACAACAACAACCUUCCCAUCAACAACCCCUUCGACACGAAGCGACGAUGAAUAACCAUAGUCAAUACAAUCGCACUCAACCACCUGCCGCUGCUGCAACUACUGCUGCUCCGACACAUGACCAUCGUAAUUUACAACAAACUGAUUUUGCUGAGCAAACUACAUUGAGAAAGAAGUCUUUUUGGCAACAACUUGUAUCAUUUGUUACAUGUGGAUUUUGUUCAUGA